AUGGGUAGAACACCUUCGGCAACUCCAGCUCCACGGGAUAAAUCCACUUGGAUCAACGAUUAUUUUAAACCGGGUCUUGAUGAUUCCCCAAUUCCUGACACUAUCAAAUUGAAAGGUUGGUUCAAAUCUGAUCUUGGUAAUAAGAAGCAGUUUGUUAUAAACGAUAAGGAUGUUUUGGACUUAUCCAAAAUGAAAUAUUAUGAAGAAGUUCCAAUAGUUAACCAUUCAGAAGAUAAAGAAGAGAAGGAAGAAUUAAAUAAGGGGUUAACUACAAAAAGUGAAGACGAUCAGAUCAGUUCAUUAUCAGGUAUAGCAUAA